AUGGCUUUUGAACUUUUGCAAACGCAACCAAAGCCUCCCGCUAAUAAGCCGAGAGAGAAAGGUCUUCAGAGAGGCCGGUGUCUGCGGAGCGCCCGGCGGUCCCCGGUGCUGAGGCCCCGAGGCAGCCACUCGGUCCCCGACAGUCGAACCCAGAAACCGCCUCUCCCGCGGGUCCCCCCUGAGGAGGCUGCGCACCCCGAGGCCGUGGCGCUAGCUGCCGAGCCCGGCACCCCGCGCUCCGCGCCGGAAGGGCCCGUUUUGGGUCUGGGCGCGCGGGCGCCUUGCGGGGCGGCUCCUGGCGGGCGGGUGGGCGCUCUGGGCGGGGGGCGCUGGGCCCCGCCGGGGACGACCGCGGGGGUCGUCCUGGGGCCCAAGGAGCUACGCCUGAGCCCCGAGGGCGGCAGCGCCCGGCGGCCGCGGCGGCCCCGCCCCCGGCGUGGUUCCUUCGGGUGCGGCGCUGCGGCCCGAGGCAGCUGGCGCCCCCGCCCCGAGCGCCCCUCACGUCUCACGGGACAGGCCCGCCGGGAAGCUGCUCUCGCCGCGCAAGGACGUCACCCGAGGGCUCCAUUUCACUUCGCCUUGGGCCCUGGGGCUCGCCGCUGUGGGGGCGUCUGCGCCAGCGGGAGCCCGGCCUGGGCGUGCGGGCUGGCGGCCCACGGACGGGCCCGCGGGAGGGACCGGACCUCCCCGUGCGCUCCCGCCGCGGCAAGGCCGAGCCCCCGCCCCCGGCCCCUUCGGUCCCCCCCAGCCCCGCACGCGCCUCCCUUCCCGGUGCGCAGCGCGGAGGGGGCGGCGGGGCGCGCGGGCCGGGGUCUCCCGCCGGGUGUCCCGGGCCUCGCCUCCCGGGCCCGAGCCGGCGGAGCCCCCCGCCCCCCGACAGCGUCCCGCAGGGCGCGCGCGGCCCGGAGCACGUCGCGUACUGAGGCUUUCAAAACUUCCUUCGUGGUGUUUCGGGGCCGCGCGGAGGCCGGGGCCGAGCAGCUCCCUCCGAGGCCCCCGGAGCCCCCCCCGCCCCCCGGGAACAGGAACCGUCGCUCGGGGGCGCGCCCCGGGUUUCGCAGCGCCCCACUCCCCGCGCCCGGGGCCCCACGCGGAGGCCGGGGUGGGGUCCGGGCAGCUGCCGCCCAGGCCUGCGCGGGUCCAGCCUCGGGAAGGGGCGCCCCCGCGGCCGCGGAGCUUGGGGCCGGCUCGGCCCGGGCCGCACGGAGGGCGCAGCGCCGCCGGCAGGUUCCCGCGCGGGGCUCGGGCCGGGCCGCUCCCGCCCGCCGACCGCACGGCCGAGCGGGCAACGCCAAGCAGCACACCGCCCCGUCGCGGACGGCGAGGCCCGGGACCGCGGCAGGCCCGGGGAGGGGGACGCAGGGGCCGCCGCUGCCCCUGCGCUCUGGGGCGGCCGGACACGGUGCCGAGGGAGCCGCGCUCGCCGGGGUCCCCGUAGGUCCCCCGCCCCCGCCGCCCCGGGCUUUCCCGGCGGCUGCGGCCGCGUCGCCUCGGGCCGGGGACCCGGCGGGUGCGGCGGGGCGCGAGCAGGAGCGCGAGCAGGAGCAGGAGCACGAGCACGAGCGGCCGCGCGCCCGGCUCUCCCCGCACCCGCCCGUCGGGGGCCGCGCGGCUGGCGGGGCGUCGGUCCACACCGCGGGGCAGCACGGAAGCGCGCGGCGGAGGCGCGUCCACACCGCAGGCAGAGCCGCCCGGAGUCCGUCCGCACAGCCGCGCCCCGCGCGUGCCCCGCACGUGUGCGCUCCCCGCCGGGCGCUGGAGCCGGCCCUGAGCCCCGGGCCCUGGCCCCGCGCGGUCUGCGGGCGCGCUCGGCGGCCUGGACGGGGCGCCCGACCGGGACCGACCGGGCCCUCGGACAGACUGACCCCCCCUUCCUUCUCCCCCUCGUUAAUCUCUCUCACCCCUACGUCUUUGUAUUCCUAUCCACACUUGGGCCUGGAGACCCUAGGGUUUCCCGGGCCGUGCCCCUGCUUGGUGGCCACGGGGCCCGGGUGCCCGCAGCAGCUUCCGCGGGCGGGACAGGGUGGGCGCAGGCCGCAGCGCGCGUGA